AAUUUCCCCACGGCGAGACCAUCACUCUCGAUCGAGCGCCGGUCUCCACCGAGUCAACGACGUCGCCUGCGAGUUCAACACUGACGCUGUAUCAACAUGCGGUGUCACUACGAGGUACUUGGCGUGGAGCGGGAUGCGACAGCUGGAGAGCUGCGCAAGGCCUUCCACAAGCUAGCUUUGAAAUGGCAUCCGGACAAGAUUAAGGACGGCCAGGACGUGGAAGCAGCAACGCAAGUGUUUCAGGAAAUCCAAAGUGCGUACGAAGUGGUGAGCGACCCGCAAGAACGCGCGUGGUACGACGACCAUCGCGAGCAAAUCCUUCGCGGCGACGACGGCACACACCACGAUGGCGACGCUGACGACGACCGAUUCGACGUCAUGCGAUUCUUCAGCACGUCCAUCUACAAAGGCUUCAAAGACGACGACCGCGGCUUUUACUCUGUCUACCGCGGCGUAUUCGAAGAGAUCGAUGCCCUCGACCAAGCCGCGCGCGGCGACUCGACGCCCGCACCUUCGUUCGGUUCCUCCACAUCAGAGGUUCCGCAUGCCUUUUACGACUACUGGCGGUCGUACAUGACCGAUCAGUCGUUCUCAUGGCUCGAUCAGUACAAGACGACGGACGCGCCGAGCCGCGAGAUCCGGCGGCUGAUGGAAAAAGACAACAAAAAGGCGCGGGACACAGGCAAGAAGACGUUCAGCGCCAACGUCCGGGCGCUGGCCGACUACGUCCGGAAGCGGGACAAGCGCAUGAUCAAGCACGUCCAGGAGAAGGAGGCGCUCCGGCUGAGUCAAGCGGCGGACAAGGCGGCGGCGGCUGCGGCGCGCAAACUGGCGUUCGAAGCGGAGAAGGCCGCGUUCCAGGCAUCGUGGGAGGCGGCUGCGACGACGUCAGAGUACGCGGCUGAGACACUGCGGGCCGAGGAAGCCAAGCGCCGCGCCAAGGCGGACGCGAUGGUGCUCGUGUGCCACCUGUGCAAAAAGGAGUUCAAGUCGGAAAAGCAGGCACAAAAUCACCUCAUCUCCAAGAAACAUCGCGACCAAAUGGUGCUGGCAGGGGUUGACCCAAGCCUGCUGGACGAACUGGACGAACUGGACGCCAGAACCCACGACCACAACGAACAGACGACAGCUUCACCAUCCGAACAGACGACAGCUUCACCAGACCAACAGACGACGCCAAAGGUCGUCGUGCUCUUGACGCCAGAAGAAGAGGCCGCCAAGCGCCAAGAGCGCGACGAACGCGAGCGAAAAGCAGCCGACAAACGCCAAGAGCGCAAAGACAAGCGGAAAACCCAAAAGAAAACAAGUGACGGUUCCGUUCCCAUUCCCGUUCCGGCUCUGGGCAAAGCAAAACGAGUUGACGACGACGACGAAUUCCCGUGCGGGAGCUGCGCCAUGGCGUUCCCGACCUUGAAAAUGUUGCAAAAACAUGUGAAAAAAGACAAGCACGAAAUGCCCUGACACACAUUCCUCUGAUGUCGGGCUUAUUCCUCGAUUACCAAGCCCUGGGUGAAGGUACUAAAGGAAUACUACUAGUAAUACUACGGGGGAUGAUCACCACGACAACGUCGUCAUGUGCUUUUGCUGGUGUUGGACCCGGCGAGGACUUUGCGGCAGGGCGUCCGUCGAGCGUCCGUACACAGCUUCCAAGUCGACGAUGAUUUGGGCAUGCGACGAGGUGGCGAUGGCGGCUGGGUCGUACUGGAGGGGCUGGUUGGUCAAUGGAGGAAUUGAAUGUCGUUGGUCUGGGGGAGUGUGGUGGAUCACCCACAAGUGUGGCAGUGGACAUUGGGCGUGUUCGCAGGGCAGCGGCGGCGGGGGGGACGAGGACGUCGAGAGGUACGUCGUCAGUGGGGAGUGGCAUCCACAUGACGCCAUCCUCAACGACGGGUCGGCGGCGGUGCUGACUCGUCGAAGGGUAUGGUAUUGGGAGCGGGAGUGGGGCGUUGCGAACCGCAACGUCACAUGAGCAAGGGCGCGGACGGCUUCCCCCAG